AAGAAAGAGGUCUUGAACUCAGUACAUCAUGACACCCGGAUCCCAGAAUAAUUUUACCAUACGGAUCAUGACGAAGGACGAUUACCCAAGAGUAAAAGCAUUCAUGAAGGAUGAUUUCCUUAAGUCAGAACCCCUGUGCCAAUCCAGUAGCAAGCCGAUGGAACUGGAGAAGGAGAAGGAGAAGGAGAUGGACGAUUAUCAUCUCUCAUUGAUAGCCCAAGGCACCUGCUUGGUGGCAAUUGACGAGAGCAACGGCGACAAAUUGGUUGGUUUUGUCCUCGCCGGAGCGCAGUUUCCCGAAGAUCUCGAGAAGCAUCGCCAGGAGGCAGAGGUAAUGGACCAAAAUUUCUUGGGCCGCAUUACUUUCAUGCUCUCCAAGAUCGAGCGCGAAGCAGAUAUCUUCCGGAGAUAUGGUAUCUCCAAGGCUCUUUACUCCCAUAUCACCAGUGUUGCUGCUUCAAUGAGAGGAAAAGGGUUGGGCUCCCGGUUAGCCAGCAAACUGAUGGAUGUGGGCCGCUCCAAGGGAUUCCCUGCGAUGGUGGCCUACUGCACCAGUUUCUACUCUGCCCGCCAGAAGGAAGCCCUGGGAAUGGAGUGCAUUCACUCCCUGGUCUACGCCGACUACAAGGACGAUAGUGGUCAUCCGAUCUUCACACCGGCAGCUCCGCACACAAAGGCUCGAGUCAUGUUCAUCAAAUUGUGAGUUGGGAUAUCUCAUAGGAAACUAGAUCCCAAUCUCAGUAGUGUAACUAAUAACCAUUAUGGCAGAUUUAAUAUAAUUAUUUUGGAAAAGAAAAAAAAGAUAUUGUGUCAGUUGUUAUCAGUAGAACUUAUCAUGUUAGUUUUGUAUCUCUUGACCAAUUACCGACGCGUAUAAACGUUUAAUU